AUGGAAUCCCCUGUGCUAAGCCUGUGCUCUGAAGAUGAGCAGCCUAGUGUUCAGCUGUGGGGCUGUGAGCUGAGCAGCAGCAAUAGGAGCUAUGUCUUCACAGCAGCAGAAGAUCUCCUGGAGCACCUGCUUAAGCUGAAGACGAUCUGCUUAAGUGUGGCCACUGAUGACCAGCUGACCGUGGUGGCUGCCACUUCUAAGAAUGUCUAUGGAAGUCUGACGCCAGUCCCGAUCGCCAGUCUUCGGUCCUCAGUUCUGCCCAUGAUCAGCCUGGCUGGCCUGGAGUUUGUCCCACCUGUCACCUUUGUGCUGCUGUCAGGUUCAGGUCCUGUCUACAUCAGCGGGCUGCACUUGGCCUACCUAUUCACGUAUCUGUAA